AUGAACUUGGCGGAUCAUUUCGACGGGUGCUCCUUCAUCUACGAGGACGACCGCACAACCAUCACAAACGGACACGUCGUGGACCUCGAGGGCCGCCCGGCGCCGCGGGGCCCCGCGAAAAGCGAGCACGAGGCGCCCUCGCCGGCGGACCAGCACGAAAACAUCCGCGCGUGGCUGUCCGGGGUCGUCGUCGCUGACGAGGGGGACAAGCCGCUCGUCGCGGAUGUGUUCUACGCUCUCGGCGGCCUGUCGAACGCGGACCCGGCGGCCGGGGGGCAGGCGCGGACAAGGCAAGGCGGCGGUGGCGGCGGUGGCGUCGGCAGGGCCAACGUGAAAGUGCACACCAUGGGACCGGGGUUCGUCGGGCGGGCGCCGCCCUUCGCGUCGUCCGAGUUCUUCGCCAAUGCGGUCGUCGUGGCGAUCCUCCUGCUGUUCGCGCCGGGCUUCACCAUCCUGGCGGCGGGGGUGUUUGUGACCUCGCGGGUCGCGGAGCGGUGGGCCGGGCAGGAUCAAUGA